AACAGACAGCGCUAGCAGCGUUAGCUAGGAGCACGUUAGCCGUUAGCUGUAAGACGGUAGUGUGGUCGUGUCUCGGGUAAAUAUUAAAGUAGUGAACGCAGCAGUGAUGCCUUCGGUUCAGUAUUUCAGAGGCUAACAGCUGCUGCUGAGGAGAUCUUCACAGUUUGUAGAAAACAUCGUCCAGUACGAAGAAGAGGUCGAUCGUCAGCGCAGACUUCUGGAGACCGGUUCUAAACCUGACAUGGAAGCACACAGCAUCGAGCUCCCACAGCAGCAUGUCUGUAAGGAGGAGGAGGUUCUCACUGACCAGCAGCUCUGUCACCAGGAGAGGAGCUCCAGUCUGGACCAAGAGGAACAAGAACCUCCACAGAUUAAAGAGGAACAGGAGGAAAUUUGCACCAGUCAGGAGGGAGAGCAGCUCGUACUGAAGCAGGAGACUGAAACCUGCAUGUUGACUCCUCAUUGUGAGGAAAGUGACCACAGAGAACCAGACGGUGAGCACCAGCUCCUGUCUCACAACUAUCCUGUAGCUGAGAGCCAAGCUCAGAACAGAAGAAAACAUAUGGAUUCAGAAUCAACAAGAAAUGAAGAGCCAAAGCCUCAGGAUAGUGUUAAUGAAAACUGGAGUCACAGUAACAAUGUUUACACCUGUCCCAUUUCAGAGAUUAACUCUAAAACUCAAACAAAGUCUUUCAAAUGUGACACUUGUGGAAAAGCUUUUGUGUAUGAGAGUCACUUAUCAAUUCAUCUGAGAAUCCACACAGGUGAGAAGCCAUUUUUAUGUAAAAUAUGUGGAAGAACAUUCAGUACAAUGUCCACAUUAAAAAGGCAUAUGACAACUCACACAGGUGAGAAGCCAUAUUCUUGCAAAAUAUGUUGCAAAAGUUUUGUACGCACUGGCGUCUUGAAAGUCCAUAUGAGGAGUCACACAGGAGAGAAGCCGUAUAUUUGCCAAACAUGUCAAAAAUGCUUUGUAAGUAGUAGUGAUUUGAAGGUCCACAUGAGAACUCACACAGGAGAGAAGCCUUAUACUUGUAAAAUAUGUCGCAAAUGUUUUGUACGUAGUGGCAAUUUGAAAGUCCACAUGAGAACCCAUACAGGUGAGAAGCCAUUUUCUUGCGAAAGCUGUGGGAAAAGCUUUAACCACAUUUCAGCAUUAAGGGAGCAUAGGAGAUUACACACAGGUGAAAAGCCGUAUUCCUGUAAAAUAUGUCAGAAAUGUUUUGUUCGUAUUUGUGAUUUGAAAAUCCAUGUGAGAACUCACACAGGUGAGAAGCCAUAUUCUUGUAAAAUAUGUCGGAGAAGAUUUGUUAGUAGUAGUGAUUUGAAAGUCCACAUGAGACGUCACACUGGUGAGAAGCCGUAUUCUUGCAACACCUGUGGGAAAACGUUUAUAGUUAAGUCAGGUUUAAAAGGUCAUAUGAGCCUGCACACAGGUGAAAAGCUGAAUUCUUGCCAAAUAUGUGAGAAAAGUUUUGUAAGUAGUAGUGGUUUGAAAGUCCACAUGAAAAUCCACACAGGUGAGAAGCCGUACGCCUGCAACACAUGUGGGAAAAGAUUCUGUCGUUCGUCAGACAUGAAAAGGCAUCUAAAAAUUCACACAACUUAAAGACAAUUGAGCUUUCCAGUGAAUAUUAAUUUGUUAUUAUACUAUAAGUGUUUACAACAGUAAUUUUUUAUAGUUUGUAUGAAUAUCUUCAAAAUCUUUGUAAAAAAUUGAGUGCAUAUCCUAAAAAUAUAAAUGACAUUUUAAAUGCUUUCCUGUUUUAUGUCAGGUAUGUGACUGGUUUGUGAAGUCUAUGAUGUUGAUGGAGAUUAAAUUUGGUUCUGUUGGGUCA